AUGUUCGCGACGGCAGCGCGGUGGGCGGCCAAGAAGGGGAAGCCCAAGAUGGCGCCGAUCGAGCUGACAGCGCCGCCGGAGCAGGCGCAGUCCAUCACGCGCGCCAUCUUCGACGUCGUCCGGGAGCACGGCCCGCUCACCAUCUCCGACGUCUGGGACCACGUCAAGGAUGUCGGGCUUCGAGGUCUGACAAGUAAGAGGCAGAUGAAGAUCAUGCUGAGGUGGAUGAGGGAGCGCCAGAAGCUAAGGCUCAUCUGCGACCACGACGGCCCGCACAAGCAGUUCCUCUACACCACCUGGUUCACCAACCCCAGGAACGCGCCGCAGAGGCCCAAGCCGGAGCUCAAGGCCAAAGCGGAGACGCUCCCCACCUUCCCUUCCCUUCUAAGCAACCGUGACAAGCAACCUUGA